GUAAUCUUUGAUUAGACUGAAAGUACGAUAGCCUACUACCUUCUGUACUAUUAUUGUACGUGGAUCUUACUGGAUAUACUAUCUGCAUACCUACCUAAUUUUACCUUGCAAUCAAUCACACUACUGCACUAACGUUACUUCAAGAUGAACAAGGAAGUCCAAACCCAGAUUCUGGCAGCUAUCUCAUCUCUUCAGGCCAAGCAAGAAGAGCUAAUGUCACAUGCAACUCUAUUAUCUGCCUCUAAAGACCAUGGCAACCAGUCCCAGGAUAUCAAUAAGUUCCAGAAUGACGUGGCUCAAAUCUCCUCCAAGAUCCAGGAGAUUAUUAGCAGGCUGGAGACUUGUGAAAAGCAACAGGACGAUUUAGAACAAUACAGCCGAAGAAACUGUGUGAUUCUCCAUGGCUGUAGUUCUGUGCCAGAAACUGAAUACCAUAAGUUCGAAGACUUCGUAGUGAAAACUCUCAACGACAGCCUUAAACCCAACCAUCCUAUUGUGAACACUGACAUUGAUAUUACUCACAAAUUAAAAUCAAGAUCUCCGAAGAACCCCAUCAUCAUCAAAUUCGUCAGAAGAUCAACGAAGAAUAUGGUGUAUGGUAGAAAAAAAGAACUCAAAGGCAGCGGAUUGUCCAUCACUGAGUCCUUGACCCGUAGCAGGCUCAAGCUACUCAGCGCUGCCAAGGAAGCCUUCGGAAAACAAAAAGUGAGCACAAUGAAUGGGAUUAUCUACGCUUACCUAGAUAAAAGGCGAGUAAUAUCUUCCUUAAAUGAUAUCACUACUCUCUCUCGUCCCCUCUACUCCAAGGCUGCUGCCCGUUCAGUGGGACCAACCUCAAGACGUAGCGGUAGCCUAUGA